UGUGAGGGGUCAAAAUCUUUUGCCCAUUUUGUGCACUUUGAACCAUUGUAUACCUACACCUCUGCUCAUACUCAGGGUUAUAUAAGGAAUGGCUUUACACACAGAUCUGCUCCAGUCUCGCUGAGAGAUCCCUACACUGUGGAGCUGUGGAGCUGUGGCACUGUGGCAGUGUUCCUCUUGCGGUUCUUUACAUAUAAAAGCUUGUUUCUGAGAUGAACAUGGGAAGGAUGCAGAGUUUUACAGCAUCUCUGAGGCUGCUGGUCUUUCUGGGUCUUGCUUGCUCUUCUAUAAGAUCUGUGGAAGGUGGGAAGGUACUGGUCAUGCCUGUGGACGGCAGCCACUGGCUCAGUAUGAAGAUCCUGGUGGAGGAGUUGUCUCAGAAAGGCCACGAGAUGCUGGUUUUGGUUCCUGACGUAGGCCUUCUAUUACACAGUACAGGCAAGUACACCACCCAGACCUUUAAAGUGCCCUACAGCCAGGCCCAAAUGGACGCCCACAUCGACAGGUUUAAGCACAGGAUGACGAAGAAGCUUUCCAACAUCUUUGAGGGCAUCGACCGGCUUCUGAGCUUCAACGAGAUGCAACUGAGAGGCUGUGAGAAGCUGCUGUAUGAUGAACCUGUGAUGAAGAGCCUGAAGGAACGAGGUUUUGACCUCAUGCUGACCGACCCAGUCCAGCCCUGUGGUCCCAUCAUUGCUGAGGCAUUCUCGAUUCCCGUCGUCUUCCUCCUGCGUGCGAUGCCCUGCGGUCUGGAGCAAUUAGCAGCCCAGUGCCCCUCACUACCUUCCUACGUCCCUCGCUUUUUGUCGAGGAACAGUGACGUUAUGACCUUCCCUCAGAGGGUGAAGAACAUCUUAAUGAUGGGAUUUGAGUCGAUCCUAUGCUGGUAUAUUUAUGACAGUUCUGAUAAACUGGUCAGCAAAUAUCUUCAGAGGGACACCAGCUUCAAAGAGGUUCUCAGUCACGGUGCGAUUUGGCUAAUGAGGUAUGACUUCGUUUUUGAGUACCCGAGACCCAUAAUGCCCAACAUGGUGACGAUUGGGGGCAUCAAUUGUGCAAAGAAGAAGAAGCCUCUGCCAGCGGAUCUGGAGGAGUUUGUGAACGGUUCUGGAGAUCAUGGCUUCGUUGUCUUCACGCUGGGCUCCAUGGUGUCUGAGCUUCCAGAGGCCAAAGCCAGGGAGUUCUUCGAGGCCUUCAGACAGAUUCCCCAGAGGGUGUUGUGGAGAUACACAGGCGUCGUUCCCAAAGACGCUCCAAAGAACGUCAAACUGAUGAAGUGGCUUCCACAGAACGAUCUCCUCGCUCACCCUAAGGCCAAGGCGUUCAUCACCCACGGAGGAACCCACGGGCUGUAUGAGGGGCUCUGUAACGGAGUGCCCAUGGUGAUGAUUCCACUGUUUGGGGAUCAGGGAGAUAACGUCCAGCGCAUGGUGGUCCGCGGUGUCGCAGAGUCCCUCAACAUCUUUGAUAUAACUUCAGAAAAGCUGCUGGGAGCCCUGAGGAAAGUCAUCAAUGAUAAAAGCUACAAGGAGAAGAUGAUGAAGCUCUCGGCCAUCCACAAGGACCGCCCCGUGGAGCCGCUGGACCUGGCCGUGUUCUGGACCGAGUUCGUGAUGCGGCACAAAGGAGCUCAGCACCUGCGUCCGGCCGCCCACGACCUGAACUGGGUCCAGUACCACAGUCUGGACGUCAUCGGCUUCCUCUUCCUGGUUCUGGUGACCUUCAUCUGUGUGAUGCUCAAGACCUGCCAGUUCUGUUUCAGGAGGUGCUGCAGGAGCAGCAACAAGAAGAAGAAGGAGUGAGAGCAGCACAGCGGAGCGAGAGUCGGAUCAUCAGGGCAUCAUCAGUGUUUUAUAUACGCUAACGAUUUAGCGCUUAGCACAGAGUCUACUGCACAGCUGAACACUUGAACGUCCCUCUACCUCCUCCUCAUCAUCCUCCUCCUCUUCCUCCCAGCACUGCAGAUCUCCCACAGCGCCACCAGCUGUUUACUUAAAAGAGAUUUAAAAUCUUAUGAUGUAAAAGUUUAUUUUUGAUGUUUUUUUUAAAUGAUUGUUUCCAUUGAUUUGCUAGAAAUUAAAUAAAAUAUGAAUAAAAUAAGUUCAUCAAUUCAUAAACUCAAAGAUCGAGAUUUUGUGUCAGUUUUCCAAACAGGUAUUAAAAUUUGCAAAUUUUGAUAUUUUAUUUUACAUAAAGAUACAAAAAAAAUGGCUAAAUUAAUAAAAACAUGUGAAAAACCGUCUUUGCUGUGAACAGAAAGAUCUGUCCACUGAACUCUAUACUCACUACUGUUGUCCAUUUUACUAAAUAUCUUGAAAAAAAUUAUUAUAAUCACAUUAAUUCUGAUCUGGCUGUUCAGACUGAGUUGCAUUGCUGCAAAUUUGAUAUACAUCAGAUUUCAAUAUCACAUAUUAUUGAAGUGGAACAAACAAAAAAAGGACUUUAUGAUAUCUGCUAAAUAUGGGUUUAGAUACAGGGUUGGAAGUACUGUAUGACUGAUGUAGGUUUAUUAUCAAAGGUGAAUCCUGAUUUUAUAGAUUUAUACCUCGUGUGUGAAUUUAAUUUAAUGUAAUUUGUAGGGCUGGCCCGAAUAGCGUUUUUUGAGCUCCGGAUAUUCGGCACUGAUUCGAAGCGAAUAUUCGAAUAUUCGUUUUUAAAAAAAGAGGUAAAACAAAUAAAUAAAAAAAAAGCAAAUCACGGCCCCUUUAAUCCACUGAAAAAUGUUCAAUUUGCUCUGACCGACGAGACCCCGGAUUUUUGGUGUUUUUAUCCCCCAUAUUUUUGUGUUUUCACCCCAUAUUUUUUCUGUGUUUUUAGCCCAGAUUUCAUUGUGUUUUCAUCCCGGAAUUUCUGCUGCCCCACACCGCGGCUUAUCCGCUGCGUAAGCAGGCUAGGAGGCUGCUGCUGCACGGUUUCUCCGCUGCGCAAGCCAGCCCAGUAAAUUGCUGUUUGUGUUUUCACACUUAGGCUAUUUGCUUAAAAAAACAAACAAAAAAAACGUUUGUUCAGGAAGUAUUUUAUAUUCUUAAACAUUGUUAAUUAUAUUAGAGGACAGUCAUUGUAAACUGUACUUGGUCUAUUUCGGUUAAAGGAUUGUGCAGGGCAUAUUACUGAUUUUGUAUUUUUGCACUUGGGCUAUAAGCUCAAUAUUAAAUAUUUUGUUUGUUUAGAAAUUAUUUUAUAUUUUUAAACCAUGUUAAAUUAUAUUAGAGUAGAGGAAAGUCAUUGUUAAUGACGUUAUUGUACUUGGUCUAUUUCGGUUUAAGCAUUGUGCAGGGCAUAGCCGUAUUACUGAUUUUGUAUUUUUGCACUUGGGCUAUAAGCUCAAUAUUAAAUAUUUCGUUUGCUUAGAAAUUAUUUUAUAUUUUUAAACCAUUUUAAAUUAUAUUAGAUAAGAGGAAAUUCGUUCAGACAUCAUUUUUGUAGGCCAGGCUUUUGUAACCGAUUUAGCCCCUACUGUUGCCACAUUACCUCUUACGUUUUAUUAUAUAAAUCAGUUUCGAAGAGCCUGCAUUUUUUUUUAUCAUGUAUAAUAGAGGUCUGCGCGAGACUGAUUUUUAAACCCACUCUUCCACGCUCCCGCGUUUCUGUCUCGUUACCGCUCCGCAAAAAAAUUGCUUCUUUUAAUCCCGCGCCCGCCCGCCACAUACACAUUUCUGCCGCUCCCGCCCCACGUUCCUAAUAUAAAUUAAAUAAACUACAUUUAAUGCUUCAAAUCUACUUAUAUAUUUAUUAAAACAGCAGCGCUGAAUAGUGUGGUCCCGUUCCUUACCCCAGUCCAAACACCAUCGGUGUGUGCGUGUGUGUGUCGGUCCAUCCUGCGCGUUGAGAGUUUUCUUUAGGUUUUUUUUUUUUUUUUACAAUUAUUACAGUUUUCUUAACUAUUUAUUAAUUUGCUCCCGCAUCGUCUGGAUUAAACCCCCGCUCCAGCCAAUAACAGUUCAGCUCUGUCCCGCGCGCAAGAUAUUCUGACGGGACCCGCGAAAACAGAAGUGGUUAGAGUGAGGUGGAACUCUGGAAAGGAGAAAAAAAACGAAUAUCCGAAUACCAAAAUUAAAAACCGAAUACCUACUCAACGAACGAAUAUCCGAAUACCCGAAUAUUCGGGUCCAGCCCUAGUAAUUUGAACAUUUUUUUGUCUGUUUGUGAUUGGUUUAUGUGUAUCGUGUGUGAUACUACAUAAAGAAAAUGAGUUCCAGUCCUAAAAUAGCUUUGCCAGUUUGUUUAAGUAAUUUUAUGGGAUGCAAUAGAUAAUAAAAAAUAAAAGGGAAAAAUAAAUCAAAGUUCAAAAGUUUUCAAAGAGAAGCUCCAGAGUUCAACCUUGACUACUGUCUUCUGCUCAGUGUUUUAUACCAAAUCUAUCAGAUCUCAGCACACAGUUCUACUAAACACGUGUGAGAGUUAAGCUUCUAGGUCGCCUUACCCUCUUACAGCAGCCUGUUUUAAAAUUAAAACCGGCUCUGUGUGUUUUUGUCCAUUAAACUUGCACAGACAGCACUCUGGAACUCACACACAUCUCCAAUAGACAACAAAUCACUGAUUUAAUAUACAGAAACUAUACUGAUUCCACUGAAAAGGCCUUAAAGGAGAACUCUGGUGUAAAAUAGAAUUUUGUUGUAGUAAAACAUGAUAAAAAGUACUUAUCUUUGAUGAAUAGCACACCUCCGUUCUCCCACAGCGUUCUGAGAUCCAGAAAUUUUAACAGUUUGUCCAAACACCCUUUAGACUGGGUGAUCAGGGGCAUAAUUUGCCCCGAUAACUCGCUUUUUACACCGUUAUCCAGCUCAAAGUAGCUCCACACCUCCUUGCUAGAAUCCAGAGAGCCCUGACAUUUGAAACGAGACAUUAAUAACUUAAAAAGUGCACAAGAAGCUAAUUAAAAACUUUUAUAAAGCUUUUAGCUCUGAGCGCCUCCAUCACUGUACUGAUAAACAUAGAUAUACAUAGACUCCACAUAGCAUAGCAGCCAGCGCCAUUGGGCAGGCUAUGCGAAGUCUAUGUGUGUAUAUAUAUAUACAGUAUAUAUAUAUAUAUAUAUAUAUAUAUAUAUAUAUAUAUAUAUAUAUAUAUAUAUAUAUAUAUAUAUAUAUAUAUAUUUAUGUUAUUAGCGCAGAUGGAUUCUUACCCAUGGUUAAAUAUGAAUCACCCAAAGAAAAGGAACCAGAGAUCAUGCUAAUACUGGAUAAAUACUGGAUAAUAUAUUGAUUAUGCUAAAUUGCUAAUUGAUUCAGGUAAAAUACCGAUUAUUCAUUUAAUUGACAAUUGAACAUAAUAAACUAUAAAAAACUCCAUAUUCUUUUAAAUUGAUCUAGUGGUAUUUUCUAAUCUUUAACAUUUUUUUUUUUUUUUUUGAAGAAUAUAUUUUCAGAACCUGUUGAGUUGUGACGGAUCUCUGUUCAGUGAAAAAAUAAAAUUUAGUUGUAAUAUUUUAA